AUGAAGUUCAAUCUCUUCGUCCUCUCCGGCCUCCUGGCCUUCGCUGCUGCCGCGGACAGCACUUCCUCGUCUGCUUCCGCGACUGCUUCUCUGUCUCCUGAAGCAUCCUGCGCGGCCAAAUGUGCUGCCAGCGACGUCUGCUGCAAGGCCCAGUGCUACAAGGUUCCUUGCCCGAACGAUGCGAUGGCCAACGACACCACCGCUUGUGCUGCUGCCUGCCCUCAGGGUAGCGGUACGCCCGCUGAUACUCAGAAGUACGCGCAGUGCCAGCAGAGCUGCUUCAGCUCUCUGUUCUUCCCUGCUACUGCCAGCGGAGACUCGUCCAACGGACAGGCCACCGCCGCCAGCACUACCGGUAGCGGAGCCUACGUUGCAAACACUGCCAAGGCUCAGGCCACUAGCUCUGGAUCGUCCAGCUCCUCUUCUGAUUCCUCCUCCAAGUCCGGCUCCAAAUCCGACUCCGGUUCCAGCUCUGGCACCAGCUCUGCUUCGAGCACCGAGUCCACCUCCAACGCUGCUGACCAUCUCCAGCUUGGCGUUUCCGCCGCUGGUCUCAUGGCUGUUGUUGCAGCUGCCAUGGCCCUGUAA